UCGGCACAGAUGUUUGGCACUGCAGCGGUUAAGGCAGCUGGGGGCGGGAACAGGGCCCAGCCAAUCGCUGCACUGCCUUGGCCCGGCCUGGGGCGUGGAGGCGGCUGGGGGUGCCAGGCCCAGCCAUGGGGCCCGAGGACCGUGCUGCGCUGCUACACGUGUCCGGGGCCGGCGCUCUGUGCCUGGCCGUGGUGGCCGCGGGCGCCCUGGACCGGGUGGCCGUGGAGGUGGGGUAUGGCUACUACGCGGAGCCCCCCGUCCCCUGGCUGCCCCCCGCCCUGGCCAUGCCCUGCAACUCGCUGGUGAACCUGGGCUACACGGCGCUGGGCUGGCGCUGGUUUCCCCGGGCUGGCCAUGGGCCCCGCCGCUACCUGCAGGCCGUCUUCGCCCUGAUGGCCCUGGCCUACGGCCCAGUGCAGUGGGCCCGGCUCUGGACCCAGCACCCCCGGGCAGCCGUGCUGGACCAGUGGGUCACCCUGCCCAUCUUCGCCUGGGCCGGGCUCUGGUGCCACUGCCUGGUGCAGGGCUGGCAGCCCGGCCGCGUGGCGCUGGCCACGGGGGCCUCCCUGCUGAGCUACGGGCUGGCGCUGGCUCACGCCCGCGGCUUCGAGGGGGCCCUGGCUGCACAUGUGGCCGGCGUGGCGGGCGCGGCGUGGCGGGCGCAGCGGCGCCGGGGGGACGCGGGCUCGGCCUGGACCGCGGCAGCCGGUUUCGCCGCCUGCCUGGGCUUCGCGCUGCUGAAGCUGGGAGACGCCUGGCUGGCCCAGUGGGCCCCGUUCCGGAGACUCAGCGGCCACUUCUGGUCCAAGGUGUGCGACGUGCUGCAGUUCCACUGCGCCUUCCUCUUCGCCACGCGCCUGGGGGGGGGCCACCCCGCGCCCUGAGCCCCCCCUGCCCACCCGCCCCUCGCCCGGGCCAGGCCAGCGCCCCCCGCCCUCCCUCCAAGCAGAAUAAAGAGAUUGA